AUGUCACAAACACCGCCAAGAGGGAAGAAGCGGCGGACGGAGGAUUCAGAUACCGAGGGCAGCGGCUCAGUGGUCGAAGUUGGCAAAACAAUCAUUGCGAAGCCGCAGCCCCGAAGUGAGGAUGUGAAUGGGAAUCCGGAACCCAUGGGGGACGCUGAAAAGAGAUAUCGAGCUUGGCGCAAGAAUGGCUCUCCUCACGAUGCCUUCUGUUUCGUCUGCAAACGGGAGAUGGACCUGCUGGACUGCUACACAUGCCGAAGGUCGUUCCACCAGCGCUGUCUGGAGUCCCCGAUCGAUGAGUUUACCCACAGCGACAAUUUUUUCUGUCGAGUUUGUGUCAAUCGCCAAUGGCACGAGCAUCUGCCGCCGCCCAGCCCGCCACCAUCUCCACCGCUUGAGAGACAGAGGGUGGCCCUGCCCAGUCACAGGCCAAACGUGCAGCCCAGCGUUGAAAUACGGGCGCCGUCAACUUCGACUUCACCUGCUCCUACGGCACCAACCCAGAAUGCCCAGGCUUCGGGCCCGACGUCCUUCACCUGGCUAUCGCAGAAUCAGUUUACGACUCCUCUCACGCGGUCGACUCCGGUUUCAAGUCCCCGCACCUCAACGCCUCUCUCCGGUGUAAUUAACCUCAAUGGCCCAGGCCGUGGGAUCGUGGCUGGUCCGCGCGGCCCUCGUUCACGCUUUUCUACUCUGUCGGCUGAGGUGGAUGAUGCCGUAUCCUUACUACUCAGAGAGCUAGAAUAUCUUGGAGACGCUAGGCAGAAAAUCGCACAACUGGAGGACGUUAUUGUGAGGCUACAGCAAGAUGUGAGGAUCAAUGAGAAUGCGCUCAUUUUGGCGCAGCGCAACGCCGCUUCGUCAAGCCAGCGUAACUCAGAAAGCCUGCGUGUGGAGAAUGAACGAUUAAAAAAGGAAAUGGACGACAUGAAUCGAAUACUAGGAGAGGAAAAAUCACGGUCACAGUUCUACAAGGCUGAUGCGGACCACUGGAGGGCACAGGCACAGAGCAGGCAGGGUGAAUUGGAAGAGCUGAGGGGGAAGCUGAAAAACUUGCUUGGCGGAUGA